GGGGUAUACACUAUACUAAUACAACGGAACAGAGUACUGUUUCAACUGGACGUUCAAAUCCAAACCCACAAACAUCAUUUCUCAAUUCGGUCAGUCAACUGUAUCAUCCAAUGACUAAUUUGUUCCACUGAGUACAACGUUAUACGGAUCCUAAAGAUCAUCAUCUUUCGGAUUUUUGAUCGAUCAUGGCAAACUAUGGGAGAUCGAGUUUAUGGAUGGUGUUAUUCGUUCUUAUUUGCAUUAAUGGGGUUUCAGUUUCCGCUCAAUCUCAUCGCCCUAAGAAUGUUCAAACUGCACUUCGAGCAAAAUGGGAGGGUACUUCCUUACUUCUGGAAGCUGGAGAAUUGCUAUCUAGAGAGUGGAAAGACUUGUUCUGGGAUUUCAUUGAUGGUUGGCAUCAAAAUAAGAAUGAUGAUGUUGAUUCAAGCACAGCCAAAGACUGUAUACUUAAAAUCGUUAAAUAUGGAUGCUCUUUCUUGAGUGAACAUCUAGGUUCUAUGUUCGAAUUUUCUCUAACUCUUCGAUCAGCAUCACCUAGAUUAGUCCUCUAUAGACAGUUAGCUCAGGAGUCGCUAUCUUCAUUUCCUUUGACUGAAGAAGCUGUUAUGAAUGGCGCUGAUGGAUUGGUUUCAGAUUUACACAGUACAACGAACACUGGAAACCGAAAACCUGACCCUCUUCUUGUUGGGGUGAAUCCAAAAAGUCCUGGAGGAAAAUGCUGUUGGGUUGAUGUUGGUGCAUCACUAUUUUUUGAUGUUGCUGAAAUGCUAGAGUGGCUGCAGAUUCAGAAUGAUAUAGGUGGAGAGUCAUAUCAGCAACCUGAACUUUUUGAAUUUGACCAUGUAUACUCAGUUUCUAAUAGUUCAAGUCCAGUUGCCAUUUUAUAUGGAGCUUUGGGAACUAGCUGCUUUAUGGAGUUCCAUCGGGUACUCGUCAAAGCAGCAAAAGAGGGAAAGGUUAAAUAUGUUGUGAGAUUUGUAUUACCUUUGGGUUGUGAAGCAAAGACUAGCAGUUGUGGUGCUCUUGGUACUAAAGAUCCAGUAAACUUGGGUGGCUAUGGUGUUGAGCUUGCCUUGAAAAAUAUGGAAUACAAGGCUAUGGAUGAUACCACGAUUAAAAAAAGUAUAACUCUUGAAGAUCCUCAUAUAGAAGAUCUAAGUCAGGAAGUUAGAGGCUUUAUUUUUUCCAAAAUACUGGAGCGUAAACCUGGGCUCUCCUUUGAGAUUAUGGCUUUUAGGGAUUAUCUUUUGUCAUCGAGUAUAUCAGAUACUCUAGAAGUUUGGGAAUUGAAAGAUUUGGGACAUCAAACUGCACAGAAGAUUGUACACGCCUCUAAUCCGUUGCAGGCAAUGCAAGAAAUCAAUCAGAAUUUCCCUAGUGUUGUUGCAUCAUUAUCAAGGAUGAAGUUAAAUGAUUCAGUGAAGGAUGAGAUACUUGCAAAUCAGAGGAUGGUCCCUCCUGGGAAAUCCUUAAUGGCUUUAAAUGGGGCAUUAAUCAAUAUUGAAGAUAUUGACCUUUAUCUCUUGAUUGAUUUGGUGCACCAGGAGUUAUCAUUGGCCGAUCAGUUGUCUAAGCUGAAGAUUCCAGAUAUCACUGUAAGGAAACUAUUAUCGACUUUGCCACUCUCAGAACCAAGUACGUUCCGCAUUGAUUUCCGCUCAAGUCAUGUUCAUUAUAUCAAUAACUUGGAAGAGGAUUCUUUGUACAAAAGAUGGCGCAGCAAUAUAAAUGAGAUAUUGAUGCCAACUUUUCCUGGACAACUACGGUACAUUCGCAAAAAUCUCUUCCAUGCAGUUUAUGUAAUUGACCCUGCCACUUCUUGUGGCCUUGAGGUUAUUGAUAUGAUUGUCAAUUUAUAUGAAAAUCAAUUCCCAAUGAGAUUUGGAGUGAUAUUAUAUUCUAGCACAUUCACUAAGAAGGCUGAGAAAAAUGGCGCGCAGGAUUUAGCAGAUUUGGAUGGUAGCUCGGGAGAAGAAGAUAUCUCUAGUUUGAUUAUUCGCCUUUUUAUAUACAUAAAGGAGCACCAUGGGGUGUUGACGGCUUUCAAGUUCUUGAGUAAUGUUCACUUAGAGUUUGGUGAUUCUGGAGAAGAAGGUCCUGAGAGGCAUCACGUGGAAGGAUCAUUUAUAGAUGCAGUAUUAAGUAAGUCAAAAUCUCCUCCGCAAGACGUGUUGUUGAAAUUGGACAAGGAGAAGGACUUUAAAGAUGUGGCUCAAGAAAGUUCCUUGUUUGUUUUCAAACUUGGGUUGUCUAAGCGGAAGUGUUGCCUUUUAUUCAAUGGACUUGUGUACGACUCGAAUGAGGAAACUCUGCUAAGCGCUAUGAAUGAGGAGCUGCCAAGGAUACAGGAACAAGUCUAUUACGGAAAUAUUGAUUCACGCACUGACGUGCUGGAUAAAUUUUUAUCUGAGAAUGGUGUACGCCGCUACAAUCCACUGAUUAUAACUGAUGGAAAACUCAAACCUAAGUUUAUAUCACUUACCAAAUCAGUUCUUGAUGAAGAAUCUGCUCUUCAUGAGUUAAGCUUCCUACAUUCUCCCAAAACUGUUGAUGAAUUGAAACCUGUGACACACCUUAUUGCGAUUGACUUGACUUCAACAAAGGGAAUGAAGUUGCUUCGAGAAGGAAUACAAUAUCUUGUAGAUGGGUCCACAAAAGCUCGUGUAGGUGUACUAUUUAUCCCCAACUUUUCUUAUGAUUCACCUCACCUCUUCUUUGUGAAGAUCUUUCAAAUCACCACAUCAUAUAGCCAUAAGGACGGGGUAUUGAAGUUCCUGGAUCAGCUGUGCUCAUUAUAUGAAACUUCCAUCAUGAAAAAUUCUUCUGCGAAGACAGAAAACAUCGAAGAGUUUAUUGAAAAGGUUACUGAUCUAGCAGAUGUAAAUAGAUUGCCAUCCAAGGUCUAUAAGUCUCUGCUUACAAACUUUUCUGUGGAUGAUUUGCAUAAACAAUUGAAUAAGGUGGCUCUGUUUCUACACAAGCACCUUGGGCAUGAAUCUAGUUUAAAUGCAGUCAUCACUAAUGGAAGGGUGACUUCCCUUCCUGAGGAAAGUACUCUCCUCUCUGACGAUCUGCAUCUAUUGGAGUCCUUUGAGUUUAAGCAGAGAAUAAAGCAUAUUUCAGAAAUUAUUGAAGGUUUAAAGUGGGAUACAAUUGAUCCUGAUUCUGUAACGAGCAAGUUUAUCAGUGACGUCAUCAUGCUUGUCUCUUCAUCAAUGGCUACACGGGAUCGAAGUGCUGAGGGUGCUCGUUUUGAGAUUUUGCAGGAUAGCUUCAGUGCUGUUGUGUUGCCUGGGGAAAGCUCUAUUCAUAUUGAUGCAGUCAUUGAUCCUUUGAGUUCAUCAGGACAAAAGCUCACAUCUCUCCUGCAAAUCUUGAGGAAUUUUUUUCAGCCAAGCAUGAGAAUUAUACUGAACCCAUUGAGUUCUCUUGUUGAUCUUCCACUGAAGAAUUACUACAGAUAUGUUGUACCGUCAUUGGAUGACUUUAGUAGUUCUGACUAUGCUGUGAAUGGUCCCAAGGCUUUUUUUGCGAACAUGCCCUUGUCCAAAACAUUGACCAUGAACCUUGAUGUACCUGAAACAUGGUUGGUGGAGCCUGUCAUUGCCAUCCAUGAUUUGGAUAAUAUAUUGCUCGAGAAUUUAGGAGAGACAAGGACACUGCAAGCUGUUUUUGAACUUGAAGCACUCGUUCUUACAGGUCAUUGCUUUGAGAAAGACCAAGAACCUCCAAGAGGCCUUCAAAUGAUUCUUGGUACCGAAAGUUCUCCCCAUCUGGUAGAUACUCUUGUCAUGGAAAAUUUAGGCUACUGGCAAAUGAAAGUUUCACCUGGUAUAUGGCAUUUAAUGCUUGCACCGGGAAGAAGUUCUGAGCUUUACCUUUUAAAAGAGGAAGAUGGUGGAAGUCAGAAAACCACUCUGUCAAAACGUAUAAUCAUAAAUGAUUUACGUAGUAAAGUCGUUCACUUGGAAGUAGUGAAGAGAAAGGGAAAGGAACACGAGAAGUUGCUUGUUUCUGCUGAUGUUGAUGACCACUCAGACGGGAAAAAAGACAGUCAGAGCAGCUGGAACAAGAAUAUAUUCAAAUGGGCUUCUGGUCUCAUUGGCGGAAAUCAUCAUACAAAAAAGAUUGAUGAGACUGUGCUGGAGGGUAAACAUGAUCGACACGGGACAACGAUCAACAUAUUUUCCGUUGCGUCAGGGCACUUAUAUGAACGAUUCCUCAAAAUCAUGAUACUGAGCGUCUUGAAGAACACUCAACGGCCUGUCAAGUUUUGGUUUAUAAAGAACUAUUUGUCCCCAAAGUUUAAGGACGUAAUUCCUCUUAUGGCACGAGACUAUGGUUUUGAUUAUGAACUGAUUACAUACAAGUGGCCUACGUGGUUGCACAAACAAACCGAAAAGCAAAGAAUAAUUUGGGCUUAUAAAAUCUUGUUUCUUGAUGUUAUCUUUCCUCUGUCAUUGGAAAAAGUUAUAUUUGUUGAUGCAGAUCAGGUUGUCCGAGCGGACAUGGGUGAGCUGUAUGACAUGGAUAUCAAAGGGAAACCUUUAGCAUAUACACCAUUCUGCGAUAACAACAAGGAUAUGGAUGGCUAUCGAUUUUGGAGACAAGGAUUCUGGAAGGAGCACUUGAGAGGAAAACCCUAUCACAUAAGUGCCCUUUAUGUCGUCGAUCUUGCCAAAUUCCGACAAACUGCAGCUGGAGAUAAACUUAGAGUAGUUUAUGAAACUCUUAGCAAGGAUCCUAAUAGUCUUUCUAAUCUCGAUCAGGACCUUCCAAACUAUGCACAGCACAUGGUGCCAAUCUUUUCUCUUCCACAAGAAUGGCUCUGGUGCGAGUCAUGGUGCGGGAACUCUACAAAACCAAAGGCAAAAACCAUUGACUUGUGCAACAAUCCAAUGACUAAAGAGCCCAAGCUUCAGGGUGCUAGAAGAAUUUUACCCGAGUGGAAUGAUCUUGACAUGGAGGCAAGACAAUUCACCGCAAAAGUUUUAGGCGAAGAAAUGUACCAAGUUGAAUCUACACCACCAUCGUCUCCCGACUCCACGGAAAUUGACAUGGAAUCUAAAGCAGAAUUGUGAAGAUGGUGGCGUACUUUAUUAUUGAUCGGUGAGUAUCAUAUGCACUGCAAUGCUGAUCACUAAUACGUACAAAAGGAAAUAGUGAUUCUUCACUGCUCCGCAGUUAAUGCAGCACAAUAUAAUCGACAAGUAGGUUAGUGACCAAGCCUUAGGUCUCAUCGAGAACUUUUAGAUCUCUUCGAUUUUUUCAGCAGGGACAGUUUUGUAGGAACCGUAGAAAUAUGCUCUUUUAUAUGCUGCUCUCUUCAUUAAUUCCAUGUAUUAUGUAUAAUUUACGCGGAACAUAUAUUCACAACUGUUUAUUAUUCUCUUUUCUUCCUACACAUACGUAUAUAUUGUUACUAAUAUGCGACCAACCUGCGACCAACUUGUGUGAUCGCAGAUCUGCGACCAGUUCUACGACCAACCCUUUUCCAGGAGCAAACUACAACCAGAUUUCCUACUAGCAUUUUACGACCACUUGUACUGCGACAACUGGAGUGUCAUAGUUCAAGCGUGAUUUUGUAGUAUAAAUUAUGAUUUAUAAUUAGCAAAUAAUUCGGUAUUUAUUUCUUACUAAUUAAGUUCCUUCAUUUACACAGCUAAUCAUUACUACAUGCCAAUAUUUACAUGGCCACAAAGUGCUAAUUUUUAACAUUAAUAAAGAUGAGGUUCAAAC